ACCCAUAGGUUUGGAAGCUAUAUUUUCAUGCUGUUGUUAAAUCACAAGGACUUGCAUUAUGCCGUCAAUCGAAUUUGUCAGUUUUAUAAAAGUACUGUGAUUGGGAUUCAUUUGGGCCAACAUCCGGUUGUUAUUGUGAAUGACAGUGAAAAUGUGAAAAAAGUUUUGAAUCACCGUGAUUUCGAUGGCAGACCCGAUAUUUUAAUGGGUAGGAUGAGGCAUCCUGAAUUGGAUUUGCAUGGAAUUUUUUUCACGGAUUCUGCUCUUUGGCAUGAGCAAAGACGAUUCGCUUUGAGAUAUUUGAGGGACUUUGGGUUCGGGAGACGAUUUAAUUCCUUGGAAAUCGAAAUUCAAAUCCAAAUUUCUCAAUACAUUGAUAUUAUAAAAAAUGGAGCGAAAUUUUCACACGAAAAGAAAUACUUCGAAGAUGGUAAAAUGUUGAUGCCGUAUGCAAUUGGUCCAUUGUUUGGGAACUGCCUGUUGGCCACAUUGCUGAAUGAGACUAUUCCGAGGAAAAAAAUGGAUGAUCUUUUCAGAGCGACUGAAAAUUCCUUUAUAUUCCAACGAAAAACGGAUGACUAUGGAAAACUGUACAGUAUCAUCCCAAGUUUUGCGAAAUUUUUUCCCGAAUGGUCGGACUACAGAGCUGGUAGAGAAUGUUCGGUCGACCUGUAUCACUAUUUCAAAGAAAUUGUUGAUGAACAAAUUCGAACCUUCGACGAAAGCCAUGAACGACACUUUGUCGAUAUGUACAUUAAUAAAUUACGUGCGCAUGCUUCGGAUCUAACAACACAUUUUUCGUAUAGCCAAAUGGUGUUGACAUGUGUUGAUUUCGCCUUGCCAACCUUAACAACAAUCCCGUCGACAAUCACAUUUUUGUUCCAGCAAAUUUUCCAAGAGCCUGAAGUACAGCGCAAAAUUCAAGCUGAAAUUGAUCAUGUCGUUGGACAAGGACGACCACCAACGUUGGAUGAUCGCAUCAAUUUACCAUAUACAGAAGCGUGUCUCCGGGAAAUAAUGCGCUUUGAAACGUUAGUACCAUCUGGAAUGCCACACAAAGCAUUGGUUGACACCAAAUUUUUAGGAUACACCAUUCCAAAGGGAACGAUUGUAAUGCCUGCUCUUGAUGCAGCCAUGAAAGACUCUAACGCUUGGGAUAGUCCAUACAAAUUCCGACCAGAACGAUUUUUAGAUGCAUCGGGAAAGUUAUGUUUGAGCAAAGACAUUUCAUUGCCGUUUGGAGCUGGCAAACGCCUUUGCGCGGGCGAGACUUUCGCACGGAAUAUGCUAUUUCUAUUCACAACUGCAUUUUUGCAAGCAUUCAGCGUCAAAGUACCCGAUGGCACGAAACCGGUUAAAUUCAGUGAAAACAUUACCGGCACUAUCCGCACACCAAAAGACCAAUGGAUCGCAGUUACGGUACGUUAGACAUAAGAUAAUUAUAAUUCUUGGAUUCGUUUGAAUUGAAACUGGGUUUUAUUUUAAUAUUUUCAAUUAUAAGCAUACCAUAUUAUUCGGGAGUAUUUUCAAUGGCCAAAUGUGUAAUGUUGUUAAAUUAACAAUGAAAAAUGUGAUUUUUUGUAUUUCACACUU